AUGCACUUGCAUCUUUCAAGCCAGAGUUCCAGAGAUGCAAAUGAGAACAAUAUACAGGCUAUUGAAGAUCAAGGAAUCAUUUUAAAGCAAGGCUAUUUGGAAAAGAGAGCUAAAGAUUCCAAAAUCUUUGGCUCUGAGUGGCAAAAGAGAUGGUGUGUUCUUGACAAUACAGCUUUCUACUAUUAUGCAAAUGAAAAAAGCAAACAACCAAAAGGCAUAUUUGCUAUUGAGAGCUACCAUGCUCAGUUGGCUCCCUAUCUGCGCAAGGAUUCCCGAAGAGAUUGCUGCUUUGAGUUGACUUCUCCUGAUAAACGGACCUAUGAGUUCACAGCUGCUAAUCCUGCAGAAGCUAUAGACUGGGUGGAUCAUAUCACAUUUCUGCAGAAAGAUAUGAACUCCUUCAUAAUCCCCUGUGAGGAAGAAGAGGAGGAGGAAGAAGAAGAGGAGGAAGAAGAAGAGAACGAAAAGGACUACCAUAAUACUGACAAAGAAGAGGCCUAUGAUGACAUAGAGAGUUUUGAUAUCCCAAGUGUAACAUUUAAUCAGGAUUCCAGUUUAGAUCUGGAUAAAGAGGAGACCAUGGCGCAAGGCAAAGAGGGCAUUUAUGAAGUUCUUCCAGAUGAGGAUCUCAACAUGUUUGCUCAGGAUGACAGGGAAAAUGCUGGAAACAUCAAAAAUAAAGGAUUCAUAAGACGUUAUGCAAAUUAUUAUCAAAGUCUGUGGAACUGCACAGGGGGCCACCCAGAUGAACUUUCCUUUCAAAGGGGUGAUUUGAUAUACAUUAUUAGUAAGGAAUAUAACAUGUAUGGUUGGUGGGUCGGAGAGCUGAACAACAUCGUGGGGAUUGUCCCAAGGAACUAUCUCAUGCCUGCCUAUGAUCUAGAAGAAUGA